UCGCCGUCCGCUGCUGCUGGAGUCAGAUUCUGUAGCUCCGGAGACGGCGGGCUUUCCCGGAUGGUUGCAGCGAAGGGAUCAUGACKGGGAAGAAAUCUUCCCGGGAGAAGCGGCGCAAACGAAGCGGCCAGGAUGCGUCCGCGGCACUCGCGGCCCCGGACCUCGUACCGGUCCUUGCCAGCAGCGGCAGUGGAAGCACCAGCGGCUGCGGGAGCACUAGCGGUUGCGGGAGCGUCAGCUGCUGCGGCAACGCCAGCUUCAGUGGAAGUGUCACCGGCGCCGGGAGCGGAGGCAGCUGCUGGGGCGCGAGCGGCGCGGAUCGUGGCGAGCGCCGGAAACGGAGAAGCACCGACUCUUCUUCCAGUGUCUCGGGCUCUCUGCAGCAGGAAACCAAGUAUCUUUUGCCAACUUUGGAAAAAGAAUUAUUCUUGGCAGAGCACAGUGACCUUGAAGAAGGUGGACUGGAUCUGACUGUGUCAUUAAAACCAGUUAGUUUCUAUAUAUCAGACAAAAAAGAAAUGCUUCAGCAAUGCUUUUGCAUUAUAGGAGAGAAGAAGUUACAGAAGAUGCUUCCUGAUGUGUUAAAGAACUGUUCAAUAGAAGAAAUUAAAAAACUAUGCCAAGAACAAUUAGAACUCCUGUCUGAAAAAAAAAUCUUGAAGAUUCUUGAGGGUGACAAUGGUAUGGACUCUGAUAUGGAAGAAGAGGCAGAUGAUGGCUCUAAGAUGGGAUCUGAUUUAGUCAGUCAACAGGACACCUGUAUAGAUUCUACUUCAUCUCUGAGAGAGAACAAACAAUCUGAAGGUUUGGAAUUAAAACAAGGCAAAGGGGAAGAUAGUGAUGUACUCAGUAUAAAUGCAGAUGCUUAUGACAGCGACAUAGAAGGCCCGUGCAACGAAGAAGCAGCUGCUCCUGAGGCCACAGAAAAUACAGUCCAGAGUGAAGCUGGUCAGAUAGAUGACCUGGAAAAAGAUAUUGAAAAAAGUGUGAAUGAGAUUCUGGGACUGGCAGAGUCUAGCCCAAAGGAACCCAAAGCAGCCACCCUGACUGUUCCUCCACCAGAAGAUGUUCAGCCUUCAGCGCAGCAACUAGAACUGCUAGAACUUGAGAUGAGGGCAAGAGCAAUUAAAGCCCUAAUGAAAGCUGGUGAUAUAAAAAAACCAGCCUAGUUAUUUAACUUGAGUUUGAAUUUUAGGUGUGUUUGAUGAAGCCACAUCCUAUAAUUUUGUAUCUAAAGUUUAUUUGGGGUCUUAUGUGGUAUUUCUUAUGUAACCCUAUUAGGUAAACUCAUCCUAGGCCUAAAAUACUUAUUGUUUUUGUUUUGUUUUUUAAAUUUUUAUAUUAUAGAUAUGUGUUUGAAUUCAUGGCACAUACGAAUGCUAUUUUAGAUGAAUAGCUAUGUUUGCAAAUACUAUCUUCAAAGCCAUUAGGGAAGAGUCAUGGUAUUUUUUUUCUUUGUUUUUAAAUGUUUGGCAACAGACCCAAAAGCUUUAAGAAGGAUUGACCAAGCAUGUUUCUCUUAAGGCGACUUCUAUUUUGCAAUAAAUAUUAAAAUUUUUGCUUCUAGAUUUGUUAAUGGUUUAAGAAAUUUUGUUUUGUGUAUAUGUAAUUUUAAAAUAUUUACUGUUUUGAAGUUGCCAUCUGUGAAUAUGGAUUUCCUGGUUAAAACUGAGUAGUAGUUUUUGUUGUAAGGCUUAGAGAUCUGCUCUUUAUGACUGAGUAAAACUUUUUUUUAUAAAGAAAAAAAAAAGACUCAGUUUAAGGCAAUUUUUAAUAAUAUAGAAUUAAUUGCCCAUAUUAAAUUCCAGCAGACAAGCCAUCCUAACAGGUAUUUGAUCCUAUUGAACACUUUGUUCAAGUUUUUUUUUUUUUCCUUCAAUAAAAAGGAACAAUUUUGAUUUACAUUCCAAGCUGUCAGGAAAAGGAGACUGUUUUAUUCUACAAGGUUCAUCUGGUGGUGUUGCCURAAGAUCUGAUGUGCUAUAAUUUUAUGAAUCAAAAAUAAUAAAAGACUUACCAUUCUGAAUCUAAAGACUUUUGAUACUUUUCCGAAAGUAAAGUUAAUUUCAAGAACUUUUGAUAAGUUGAUGUAAUAAUUAGYCUAAUUUUGUAUAGUUUUUGUAAACAAAUUAGCAUCCUAUCACAAUUACAAAUGUUCCCCCCAAUUGGUAAUUGCAGUUGUUUGAUACCAAAAUAAAUUUAGAUAGGGUCCCUUAACUUAAAAUAAAUUAAUUUUUUUCUAAAAUAUAAAUCUGGAGCUGUUUUUAUAUUUGAAAACAAAUGUAUAUUUUAUUUAUAAGUCAUGUUCUACUGAUAAUGAGGAUUUUCCUUAWACAUACCUUGCAGGGAUUCUUUUACUAGCUGACUUAAUUAUAUGUUUAUUUUAGAGGGUAUUUUAAAUGGAUAUAGAGGACAUUUGUGAAACAUUGGUGUUGUUAGAGUUACAAAUUUACAUUUUGCUUCUGAACACGUCUUUAAAUAAUCCUGUCACUAUCUUCCUCUCCGAAUCUAACAAAGCAUAGAAACCUGUGUCAUUUGAAGUGUUUCUUUUAGGCUGGUAAAUGUGAAGAUGACUUAAAUAGUGCUCACAGUUAUCACUUCAUCAUGAGAAAGCAUUGAUUAUGGUAAAAUAAUUCUUCUAGUCCAGCUUAAGCUAAAAGUUAAAAUAAUAAAGUAGUACAAACUAAACUGUAUUGCUGCUUACUAAUUAUAAAAUGUGAUAAAUGGCAUUUGUGUGAUUAAACGUAAGAGUAGGAAAAGGUCUGAGUGUUGUGGAUUA